AUGACUUCUGCAAUCCUGGUCCUAUUAUCGAAAUUCCCGUCAUGGGUACCCAGGCGGUCGGCUCUGGUCAAUAUUUUGGUCUUGACGACCUCGUUCAGUACUGCUUCGGUGCUUGGCUAUGAUGCCUCAAUGAUGAACGCAUUAAACAUUCUGCCCUCCUACACGGACUACUUCUCCUUGAGCGCCGCCACCAUCGGCUUGAACUCUGGCAUCGUCUGGAUCGGUGCCUGCGUGGGGAGUGUUGGGCUGAUGAAAUUGCCCGACUACAUCGGACGCAAACCGGCCAUGUUUUACUCGGCCAUUGUGGCCGUCAUUGGCUCCGCCCUGCAGGCAGCCUCUCAAGACAUCGCCAUGUUCCUAGUGGCCAGAUUCAUCCUUGGUAUUGGACUGGGUGGCACGUACGUUUCCGUGCCGCUGCUGAUCGCCGAGACCCUCCCUCUCAAGUACCGAGCCCUUGGCCUAGGCGCCUUUACCGAUCUCUACUACGUGGGCGGACUCCUCUCGUCGGGCAUCACAUACGGCACGGCCAAGAUGAAUUCCACCUGGGCCUGGCGUCUGCCCUCAUUGCUACAGAUCAUCUUCACCUUCGUCUCCAUAGCCGUACUGCCCUGGGUCCCCGAAUCUCCGCGAUACCUCGCCGACCAUGGCCGACAUGACGAAGCACUCCUCUCUCUGGCCCAGUGCUGUUCCGACGGCGACAUCACCGCGCCCGAGGCUCAAGCACAGCUGCUGCAAAUCCAACAGGCUCUGGAACUGGAGAGACAUGUCGAGGCGCCGUCCAUCAAGCAGAUCUGUCUUCACCCCGGGCUGCGGAAGCGGAUGAUCAUCGUCUUCACUGUGGCCGCAUUCUCCAUGCUGGUGGGGUCCAAUCUGUUUUCCUACUAUCUCGGAACGGCCCUUUCCAACGCCGGGGUCACCGACUCGACGACGCAGUUAGAGAUUAAUAUCAUCCUCAACGCCUUCGCCCUUGUCGUCUCCAUCGCAGGUACCUUCCUUGCUGACCGACUGGGCCGUAUAAACCUCAUCCAAAUCUCGACCUUCUUCUGUGCAAUAUUCCUCUUCAUCAUCGGCGCUUUAACCAAGUAUUACGGAAACUCGACCAACAAAUCGGCCAUCUAUGCUAAUGUCGGUAUGAUCUUCCUCGCUCAAGGUUCCUACAGUUUCGGCUGGACCCCUGUGUCCGUCAUGUACCCGCCGGAAGUGCUCAACUACCAGAUCCGAAGUAUCGGAAUGAGUUGGUUCACCACCUGGCAGAAUAUGAUCCUACUCGUGCCUAUCUUCGCCUUCCCCGUCGCUAUAGAGAAGAUCGGCUGGAUCAUUUACAUGCUGAACGGCGGCUUUGAUAUCUUGAUUAUGUUUGUCAUCGGCUUCUACUGGGUGGAAACAAAGAACCUUUCGCUUGAAGAGGUCUCGGGUCUGUUCGAGCCCCAGGUUCGCGAGCACAUGAUAGGCAUCGAGGACGCGAUCCGUGAAGCUGAUGCCGAAGGUGUGCAGGUUCUGGAGAUCAAGGGGUCAAAAGCGACCGUAGCACAGGCGCAGACUACUUCGAUAGACCCGAAGUAG